ACUUACCGUUCAAGUAUUUUAAAGUUAAUAGAACAUGCAGAACUUGUCAGCAACAUACAACCUGAUUAAACAUUUUUCUACAAUUUAUUUUUUGUUAAACAUGAAUUAACCAACAGUGUUGACAGCUAUAGCAUAUUUUUCUGAUUAUAUUGGAUUUAUAACCUAAAACUAUCCCAAGCUCAAAUCUAUUGUAUAAUUUAAAAAUUCAUUAUUCAAAUUAUCGAAACUGUUCAUUUUACAGGAAUUAUUUGGAAUCAAUCCGAUUGCUAUUUUUUUGGUGGUUUCUAUAUUACAUAUAAUUGUCUUUAGAUAUUUCUUAUUCACAAAUAAAACAAAUUAGACUUUAGAUGUAAAUAUAUUUAUUUAUAGAAAUUAUUUAAAACUAAUGCAUAGUUAUAUUAAUUCUUAAAUUAUAAAACAGAAAUAUUUUUAAGUAUAUCAAGUAUUUAUUUGAAGACUAAUAUGGAGGAUGUCAAUAAAGGAUAUAUAAAAAAAUUCGAUGCUAUUAAAGGUAAUUGUUUAUUUGCAACAAAGCACUUUGAACCAGAUGAACUAAUUUUUGAAGAAAUUCCUUUUGUGUCUUGUCAGUUUUCUUGGAAUAGUCUUUAUGGUUAUCGAGCUUGUAAUCAUUGCUUAAGUCCUUUAGAAACAAUCAAUGAAAAUGUAAUUCGAUUGACCAAUGCUGCAAUCACUGAAGUUCCAUUUGAAGAAUAUUGUCCUACAAAAAAUAAUAUAAAAGAUUAUGUUCAAUGUGAAUUUUGCAAAGUUUGGUAUUGUAGUCAUACUUGUUUAGAGAAUGCUUUAAAUCAGUAUCACCAACUUCUUUGUAGACCUGAUACCAGUGACCCUUUGCAUUAUUUAGAAGAAUUAUGGAGAACGAUGCAUUAUCCGCCAGAGAGUCACAAUAUAAUGUUACUGUGUCGUCUAUUAGCUAUAAUUGAAUUAUCAUCAUCACCUCAAAAAGCAAAUACAAUAAUUUCUAAUUUUUGUCACCGAACAGAAAAUGAAAAUGAAAAAUUAGUUCAUAAAAUGUUAGGAGAAAAAUUCGCUGAACAAAUUGAACAAUUACGUUUUGGUGUGUUAAAAUCUUUACCAAUCAAAGAAUCCAGCCAAUGGUUAACACCUAAUGGAUUUAAAUCAUUAUUAGCUUUAAUUGGUACAAAUGGGCAAGGUGUUGGAACUAGUGCAUUUCAGCGUUGGUCUAAUAUAUGUAAAAAGCAUCUUUCUCCUGACCAGAUGAAAUAUUUUGAGAAUUUUGUAGAUAUUGCAUAUAAUGCUAUGGAACAAGCUGUAGGUAUGGAUUUUUUGGAUAAUGAAGGUUCUGCAUUAUUUCAAGAACAUAGUUCUAUUAAUCAUAGCUGUUAUCCAAAUGCUGCUAGUGUAUUUAAUGGAAAUCAUGUUUUAAGGCUUAUAGCAAUUCGCUCUAUUGAGCCAGGAGAAGAGAUAAAUACCAGUUAUAUUGCUCCAUGUGAACUGGAUCAUAGUAGACAUACACGACAAAAAUAUUUACAAGAAAAUUACGUGUUCACAUGUCGAUGUACAAAAUGUGAACAACAAGCUGAUGAUCCAGAUGAAACUAGUGAUGAUGAUGAAGAUGAAGAAAUGGAUGAUAAUGAUAAUGACGAUAUAUAAAUUAUAUUUUGUAAAUUUGAUAUUAAAAGCAAUAUACACAGAUGUUAACAAAAUGAUUA